GAAUCUUUCUAUAAAAGAAGACACUCACCUCACACAAUGGAUUCGGACUGACUCACCUUCACACACGAAAGUUCAUUCCCUGUCAAAAAAGCAAAGGCAAAAACAAAUUUCUGAAUUCAAAUUUGAAUUUCAGAUCUGAAAUACAAAAACCUCAAAAACAAAAACGAAAAAAAAAGAAAGAUAGAAAGGAGAUCUCUGGAAUGGUUCAAGUUGCGGCUGUUUGCUAUCAAUUUCUGGGUUUCUAAACUUUGUUUUGAUUAAAAGCACUGCUGAUUCUGCUGCUGAUUUUGUUGUUCCUGCUGCUGAUCUUCAUCUUACUGUUUUCUUAGCCUUUAUUUGACAUUUUAAAUUGUCUCUGAACACAAGGUUCUGUUUGAAGAUGCAUUUCCAGCGUCUGAUCCUGGUACCCUGGAGCAAUUAAAAGAGUGGAGGCUAUUGCCAAGGAAAUGUCUGGGGGAUUGACUUCUCGAUGUGAACAGAAUAUACAGAAGGUGGAACAGUAUUUGCCAAUUUUGGGAAAUCUGAUACACCAUAUAAAUCUAGUCGGUGACAACCCCAAGAUUCGAUGGAUUUCUGACCUAAAGAUUAGGUGGAGCAGUGCUCUCACUUCAUCAUCCUUUUUUCAACUUAACGGUCCAAAGUUUUAUCCGAUGGAUAGUUUGCAUUCUGAACUUGGAUUGACACUUUUUGUUCUCGGUGCAUUGCUUCAAGAUCGAGCUCUGGAAGUUCUGUCAACAGGUAUGUGUGAAAUAUCUGUCCAGUUCCUUCAUCUCAUCGCCCAUAUAUCACGGAAGCUGCCUCCUUUCUCAAAAAAGCUGCAGGAGUUUACCAACAUGAAGAGAAAAUUGUUUGAUAUAACUUUUAGAGGAGAUUUAGGCAUUUAGCUGUUUACACUUCACAGAAAGGCCACCAGAAGCCACAAGCAGUGUUGCUGCUACAGUCACCCUUAUUUGCUUAGCUGAGGCACAGCUUGGUCUUAAUCUUUAUCAUUUUUUCUUUUUUCUGCUCAAGCUUUUCGUACAAUGAUGACAUCUAUAUUUCGUUAACUUAAAAUUUGAGCAUCCACACGAUCUGUUUUCCGUUAUGUCUCUUCUGUUUGACAAGUAAUUAUGGUUCUCUUACCUAUCAAAAGAAAGUAAUUGGGGUUCUCUU